AUGUGGUGUCGGCGACAAGCGGCGGCGGCCAUUUUGCCGUUACUCCUUACUGGUUGGUUAACGGGCGAGUCGUCUGAAGCACUUACGACGUUUGGGAAAAGUAAUACUACGCCAAAGGAAGUCGUACCGACUGCGCCGCCAGCUCGUCCUUGCGGUCGUCAAGCUGAAUGCGCUGGAAUCAGCAGUUCUUCCUGUGUAAGAACUCACUACGAUCCAACUACCAGAUGCCUGUGUGGGGACAACUCUCCUCCCUUGAAUGGCCAAUGCGAUUCUGUUACUAAAGCGCUAUACCACGUCUGCUCUAACAGUGACGAAUGCAACGAUGGUCUAAUAUGUGGAACUCCCAACAUCACUGGAACUGCUCCUGCCCAUCUCUUAGUUCAUGCGCCUCAGGACAAAAUCUGUUUAUGUGAUGCUGAAAAUGGGUACAGGGAGAAAGAGCAUUCAUGCAGUGAUGCUGAUAUCCUGAAGACAUCUGUGAUUGCAGUUAUCAUCGUCACCUGCUUAAGGAAAAUGCUUAUUAAC